AUGGCCGUCGACAUGAAUACCGCACGGGAGUGGCUCACCUGGAGCUUCAGCCCGACCAUCGGAGCCAUGCUCUUUACAUUGCUGCUGUCGCUGUCGCUGCCCAUCAUCUUCCACUUGUUCCUGUACCGCCAGCGCGCCGCUGUUGUAGUUCCUUCGUUUGUCCUGCUCGGUCCUAGUGGUGCCGGCAAAACGACCCUUCUUACUCUGGUGUGUCCUGCACACUUGCGACUACAUGAUAAACAUGCUAAUCGAGCGCACAGNUUCGAGCGCGGUACACCGACUGCUACCCACACUUCGCAAGCUCCUCAGACCGUCACUUGCACGCUUCCUACUGGCAUUACUGCUGAAUCUCACAAAUACCGCGCUUCCGACGACCCUUCAACCAAGAAAGAGCGUCGAAUUGAAGUGACCGACACUCCUGGUCACGGCAAGCUACGCCAGCACGCCUACGAUUCCAUUACUGCGACCGCCUCUCUUAAGGGUCUGAUCUUUGUCGUGGAUGCGGCCGCUCUGUCCAGCCCUCAAGGACUUUCCGAGGCUGCUACUUACCUUCACGACAUCUUACUUGUUCUACAAAAGAGACACACUGGAGCAAAGAGCAGCAAGGGGCCUGCUGGAAUUCCUGUUUUGAUCGCAGCCAACAAGCUGGAUCUGUUCACUGCACUGCCUGCUCAACUGGUCAAGAAGCGCUUGGAAGAUGAAAUCACAAAAAUUCGAUCAACCAGGGCAAAGGGACUACUUGACAGCGCGGUCGACAUUGAAGGAGACGAUGAGGAUAGGGAGUGGCUGGGUGAAGGCGGUGAGGGCGACUUUAACUUUGGGCAGAUGAAAGAGGCCGAGAUUGAAGUCAGCGUGCUUGGAGGAAACGCCAGCGCAAAGGGCGAGCAAAAGACCCAAGUGGAUCCGUGGUGGGCAUGGAUAGCUCAGCAGAUGUGA